AUGCGUCAAUUAGUCAACCCGAGAACCUUUGGCAGACCAUCCCUUGGGCUCGCGCUGUUUGGCUGUAAAAACCGUCCAUUCUACCACAUUUGCGUUUUCCCCGACAAGUCACUUGGGAGGCGUUACGAAGGAAACAUCAUCGAGCAGGUCGGCUCUUUCGACCCGUUGCCGAACAAGAACAACGAGAAGCUGGUCGCGUUGAACAUCGGGAGGAUAAAAUAUUGGAUCGGGGAGCGAAACGCGCACAUCUCUGUUCCGGUGCUGGAAGUUCUUGGUCUGUCCGGCCUCUUCCCGAUCCAUCCGAAGACGUUCAUUCGAGCAAAAGAGAACAGAGAAGCGUUGGCCGCGGUUACGCCAACGCCCGAGGAACGCCCGGAAGCUUCGAUCCAA